UGACUGAUUAGUUCUAAAUGGUUGUAUGAUGGAUGAAGUUGGCGCUGCGAUCAGUGAUCUAUAUGCGUUUCAAGAAAGCCCGUUCUUAGGGCUUUCUAUUUCGAGCCAGCGAAAAUCAUACCGCGACUCUGCCAUCAUUGGUCAUUAACAAGUCGUAAUAUAUUAAAUAAUAUAAUAUUUAAUAUUUAUCCUAAUGUAUGACGAAAGUCUAACUGAAAAAGGACGAAAAAAGAUUUAUAUCUUACAAAUUUGAACUCUCCGUAUAGGUUAGGAACUUUGUAAAUAUAAAUUUACGUAUAACCCGUACGUAGAUUGACAAACCAACAACACGUGGAGCUGAGCUCAACCAGUUCUUUUCAAAAUGGAGAGCAGCACGGAUGAUGACAGCGUGCUGGGGAGUGAGGACGUUAAACUGAGAACAGGAGAUUCGUUCGAUGGUUACUCUCAGCACCAUGGCUUGAGUGAUGCCGAGAAAAAUCCUCAUUAUUCCGAACUAGCACUGAAUAGCGCGCUGCCUUCUUUUAACGACAACGAUUGCUAUUCUUAUCCAAAGCGGAAGAGGGAAAUGUAUGAGAAUUUCUCGUCCUCCUCUUCCGACAAUGAAUUCGAUCAACAAUACGGCACCGCGUCCAAGUACGAUGAAGUGAAUACUAGUCAAAGUAUGAAUACGUUUGAAGCAAAAAAGCGCAAGCUGAAUUCGGCAGGUGGUACAAUCUGCAGUAUGUCUACGGAACAGUACAACGAAACGAUUGAACAAGAAAGCAGCGUGCACGUUAACGAAAGUAAAAGUGACGCGUCACACUUGUCAAAGGCCGAACGCAUGAUGACAAACAUGGGCUACAAGCCAGGAAAAGGUCUUGGGAAGCAUGACCAAGGGCGCGUGGAACCAGUGGAAGCAGUUAAGCAACGCGGUCGGAGAGGACUGGGACAUUUUGUGCCAGGAUUGACAGAGGCCAGUCUCAAAUGGGAUCCUCAAGAGGAGGAAGUAAAGGCCAUGGAGGACAUUGAAUGGUUGCAGAACAUACACCCCAAUGUUCUCGCGAGUGACGAUCUGGCGAAUUGGAUAAAGCUGGGACCAAAAAAGCAUACGAUCGACGACGAGGCUACCUUCUGCAGUUCCGAAAUCUUGGAGCAAGUUCUUAAAUCGAAGACGAUAUUUGACAAAUUGGACAAGGUUGAGAUGCGUAAAGCAAGGACUCGCUCGAAUCCUUACGAGACGAUUCGCAGUGCUGGCUACCUCAAUCGUGCUGCGGUCAAAAUGGCGAAUAUAAACCGCGCGUGUAAUUUUAUGUUCACCGACCAAAAGAGCUUGCAUCCGAACGAGCUGCUGUACUUCGCUGACGUGUGCGCCGGUCCGGGUGGAUUCAGCGAGUACGUUCUGUCGCGGAAAAAGUGGCACGCCAAGGGAUUUGGAUUUACUCUGAAGAACGAAAACGACUUCACGUUGGACGAGUUUUUUGCCGGACCAUGCGAGACUUUUCACCCUUUUUAUGGAUCCAAAGACAACGGUGACGUAUUUGAUCCGGUUAAUCAAGAAGAAUUUCGGUCAUUGGUGAUGAAACAUACGUACAAUAAGGGCGUACACUUUAUGAUGUCUGACGGAGGCUUCUCCGUGGAAGGCCAGGAGAACAUUCAAGAGAUUCUAUCGAAGCAACUAUAUUUGUGCCAGUGUUUAGUAGCACUAAUGAUACUGAGACCGGGUGGACACUUUGUGACAAAACUGUUUGACCUGUUUACGCCUUUUAGUGCUGGACUUGUUUAUCUAAUGUACAGAUGCUUCGAUAGUGUUUCCAUUUUUAAGCCGAAUAGUUCUAGACCAGCUAAUUCAGAACGUUAUUUAAUAUGUAAGAGGAAAAAGCCUGACACGCAAGCAGUGAUGGAAUAUCUUUCUCAAGUCAAUCAUUUACUCCUAAAGAAGAAUGACAACAAGGAUGUCACUCAGUUGGUGCCACUUGAUGAAUUAGAAGCGGAUACGUUAUUUGUAACGUAUCUGAGAAAUUCUAAUGAAACUUUAGGAAGAAAGCAGAUAGUCGGUCUCCUGAAGAUCGCUGCUUUCUGCGAGGAUCCAACGUUGACUGAACCAAAACAGGCAGCUAUGCGAAAGGAAUGCCUAGAAUACUGGGACAUACCCAACAAAACUCGCGUCAGACCACAAAAUGUUAAACCGCAGGAUAAGAUAAGAGAAAUUUUAGGCAAUUCUAUAAGGCUCCUGGGAUGCGACGCCACAAAGUUAACAAACGACAAUGUGAAAAGUACUGUACUAAAUCAACCAUACGAUUGGUAUUGCAUGCCCUGUGGUUCUGGGCCCUACAUUGAAGAGGAAAAGGCAGUGACAUUCUACCUAGGCUUAGGAAGGAGAAAAGUAUUUCGUUAUGUGAAAGGUGGCAAAUGGGAUUCUAUUGGUGAUGUAAAAAUAGAAUUGCCACGUGACACUCUUGUAUAUGCCGAGUUAGUAUAUGAGGCAAAGUGGACGGGAAAAUAUUUUUCCAAAACGCGUGCACUGCAUAUUUUGGAUGCCUACAUGCUUGGCGGAGAAGACGUUAGCAAGAGAUAUCUCUCUGACAGAUACAGGAUCACGAAAAAGUUUUGCGAUGCCUUGUGGAAGCCAGCUCCAAACGAUCAUGUUUGCGUGCGUGCCAAAGAGAGAUUCAUGUUGGGCCCUGAUAUAGAAAAGAAAUUGCGAAUCACACAACGACGUGUGAAGGGUAUGUCCAUUGCGUUGGAAUUCCCGAAAAACCCCUUAGAAUGUGACGACAAGGAUGAUAUGGAACCCCUCUAUCUCGCUCCUAAUAGUAUACUUUUCUUAAGAAGUACCGCUCAUCCUUGGUCCCGUCAUCUUAGUCAGAAAACACUUCAAUUUUAUGUUUUUAAUAAGAAGACAGAAACGACAGAAUACGAAAUUCGGAAUGGAAUUCCAAAUAGGCCGCCCGAAGCUGAAGCGAGUUUCGAACAAGCAUUCGAGGGACGUAUUAUUUGGCACUGGCCAAAUAAUACUGGUGACGAUAAACUAAGUAUGGAUAGUUUAGUAAAGUUGAUUAAGAAUUCAUUGCAAAAAAUUUGAUUUGCACACUGUAUACGUGCUGUGUGUCUCAACAUCCUCUCAAAAGUUUGAAAUGAAAUUUGUUUUCAAUUAGAUAAAGAUUUGCUAAUUGAAAAAGCAACAUCUAUAUUUAUUAAUUUUGAUUUAAGUAUAAAAGAUGUAAGACUGUAUUCACAUUUCGUUAUAUGUACUUUUCUUGUAAAUGAUACAAAAUGUAAAUAUUUUUUAUGUUAAUACAGGUUAUGUAAAUAAGUCAUGGAAUUAUUGAUGAAAUAAUCAUGAAACUAUCAUUAACAAAUUGCGAUAAUUUUAGUUAAGUAAUUAUUACUUAUGUAAUUAGAGAUUCUCUGUUAAUUACAAGUAAUAUUAAAUUUAUGUUUAUCUAUAUUCAAGACAUUAACAUACUGGAUUAAUUUUUCGUACCUGCAAUUAUAUUAACCACAGUUUCUUUAAUUAUUUUACGCGAGUGCUAGCUACCUGCAAUCUGUGAUAAAAACAGAAACAAAAAUUCAUAAUAAGUUAUAUUAUUAUUGCUAAUAUACACAUUGCCAUUACAUAUAUAUAUAUAUGCAUAACUCAUGUAUAUAACUUGUGUAUAUAUCUUGUAAUAUGUCACUCAUGUAAAUAAUAUAACAAAUAUUUAAAAAA